AUGACCAGAAUCAACGUCCUUUUUCUUCUUUCUGCUGCCUUGAUGGCAUCCGCUGCUCCACUCGAGAAGCGUAUAGCUCAAACAAUCGCAGACUCGACUACUGCUUGGGUUGCCGCUUGUACCGCUGCAGGUGGAGCCGGACAAUGUAGUACCAUCUCUCAGACAGCAUUCACGACUCUGUUGGCUGCCGGGGGUAACUGUGAUCAGCAAAACGCUGCCGACUCCAUGAUCGACCUCGCGAAAACUUUGAACAAUGACCCUGACAUGAUUACUCUGGCUCAGAUUUUUGUCCAACAACCUCGUAACGCGCCCGAUAGUCUCCAGGUCCCAUACUGUCAAACUGCUCCUAAAAACGCUGAGCUCAACGGAUUGUUCCAUUGUCAGUUCGCCAGCUCAGAUUUUACCAAGUUCAGCGGGGAUCAGACUGGAAACUUGCCUCUUGGACUUUCGGCGGUCAGUCCUCCUGGUUCUUGUCCUGCUUUGAAUACCCCGGUGCCGGAUGGUGUUCAGUUGAACACUCUAGUCACGAGUCCUGGAACUCCUGAGGGAGGUAGCGCGGCUGGCGAUUCUUCUUCUGCCCCUGCAGCUAACUCUACUAGAGCUUCCACCGUAUCCGCUGCUGCUAAUCCCGCGGCCUCCAGUACUGUUGCUGUAGACUCUAGCUCGGGGUCUGCAUCUGGUUUCCAGCUCCAAAACGGCGAAGAUGCGAUCCAACUGAACUCUCAAUUUGCUAGUCUCACUGCUACUUCGAGCUGCACUGAUGGUCAACAGGCAUGUGUUGGUGGUGGAUUCGCGCAAUGUGUCGGAGGGACUUUCCAGAUUACCCAAUGUGCGGGUGGAACCCAGUGCUUUGCUCUCCCUCUCGUGAACAACCCUGGAACUUCCAUCACAUGCACCUCCCAAGCCGAUGCUACUGCUCGUAUCGCCGCCACUGGUGCUACUGGG